CGUACGCGUAUGCCAUCAGAGCGCCGUACAAAAGAGGAGUUCCAUCGCUUUCGAGACUACAGUAACCACAAGUGACAAGUCCUGUUCAAAUUUAUGACUAACGCCUGAAGUUUAAGUCCGCUUUCGGUUGUCUGUCGAGAGAAUGUCUUCGAAUGGCCAUGGUGUGAGGCAGUCACGCAACCUGGCGAACUUCGUUCGUCGCCAGCAAGAAUGGUUGGCAUCCGAGCAGCAUCGGCGCAAUGCUGACUUUAUCCUGCGCUCCAACGAUGGUAAGAAAUUCCCGGCCCACAAAUUCCUGUUGAUGGCCCAUUCGCCCGUUUUCGCGGCGAUGCUAACGCACGAUACGAAGGAGAUACAGCAGGGACAGUGUGAUUUGUUGGACACCGAUGGGCAGUGUGUGGAGGUGCUGCUGGAUUUCCUGUACAGUUGCGGCAGCAUGGGCAAGAUCACCGUCCAAAAUGCUGAGAAGGUGCUGGUAAUGGCGGAUAAGUACCAGAUUGAUGAUCUGUGCAGUUCGUGCGAGGUGGUACUGGCGGGAAACGUUGCAGCGGAGAAAGCCAUGCAUUAUCUGAUACUGGCCAGCCGACACCGUUUGCCGGUACUGAAAGAGGCUGCACUGCGUGUCAUCCCCAAGAAUCUGGCCAGUCUGCUCAAGGGAAACGAGCUGGAGAAGGUGUGCCAGUCGGAUCCGGAAGUAAUUCGCCUGAUUCUUGAACACUGCUCCAAGAAGAUGCGCGUCGUGGAACCCGCGCCAGUGACGGCGCCGCUCGUUUAUAAAGUGAAGCCGAAUCCCCCUCCCAGCUCCAGCAGCGAAUCCGAUUCCGAUUAUUAAAGUGAUUUUAGGAGUGAGGAAAAUAACCGAUUGCAGAACGGGUUUUUUUUAUCUGUAGUUCGGUUGUGUUUUAGUAGUAAGUCAGUAACGUAUCUGCUGAAAUACAUCUUCCUAAAUACAGCUGGUGGUUUUGUUCACGCGAUUUUUGCAGUGGUUUUUUGUACUUGCAUUCGGUUCGGUAUUGGGUAAUUGUUGUUGUGCGAUAAUACUUAUGUGCGAAUAUCUAUAUAUCUUAUUUCUUAACAGUUGGAACACCUAAUUAAGGUUUUAUUAGAAAUUGAAAUGUUGAUACUGCAUCGGUUCUGUAAAAUGGUACUUUG